AAAACAACGAAAUUCCUGUUUUCGCCACUUGAGUCGUCGCAAUCGUCUUCCACUAAUAUCAACAUAUAAUAUAAUACUUUGAACUUUCCUCUCUGCCGUGCUUCCUAGCAACUACUCCGAACCACCAUUGACCAUAAUUGCUAUUAAGUCUUAACAACAUCACUGACUUGUAGAGUUAUUGUAGUUUCUCACGUAAACUAUGAGGUUCAAGAGUGUCACCACCUCCGUAACACUCUUCCUCCUUCUCCACCUCUCCACACACCUCCAAGCGUACACCCCAGAUGAAGUUUUCACCCUCAGUUGCGGCACCACCGGAAAAUCCUUCGACGGAGAAAGGACAUGGACGGGGGACUCAGAUACGAAGUACUUAUCUACUCAAGACGGCACCGUUUCAGCUAAGCCAACAACACAAUCUUCUAUAAAUGAAAUCCCCUUCACCACAGCACGCUUGUCCCGUUCCAAUUUCAGUUAUUCCUUCCCUGUCUCCGCAGGUCCCAAAUUCGUUCGCCUCUUCUUUUACCCAGCUCCUUAUCCUUCCUUUGCCCGCUCCGACGCCUCCUUCACUGUUGAAUCAAACCAAUUCACCCUCCUCAACGCUUUCAAUGCCUCUCUAAACGCAGACGCAGAAAGCACCGACACCAUAUUCAAAGAAUAUGUGGUCAACGUGGACACGGGUGAUAGGCUCAACCUCAGCUUCACUCCGUCGCAUCCAAACUCCUACGCUUUCAUAAAUGGAAUCGAGGUAUUGUCCAUGCCAACCGAUCUCUAUUACACGUCACAAAAUGACGUAGGAUUCAAGCUGGUGGGAAGUGACACGUUGUACAGUGUGGGAACGAGCUUUGCGCUGGAGACAGAGUAUAGAAUCAAAGUUGGAGGGCAAGCAAUCUCGCCACGAAAUGACAGCGGUUUUUUAAGGAAUUGGGCUGGGCACGAUCAAGAUUAUUUAAUGACACAAAAUUCACAGAAUAAUGAUCUACCAGCUGACACGGGUGAUAGGAACAUAACCGUGAAUCCUGAUUACGUGGCACCUGAGGAGCUGUACAGAACAGCGCGUAACAUGGGCACAAACGCGACUCUCAACAAAAUCAGCAACCUCACUUGGGAGUUUCCCGUUGAUUCUGGCUUCACUUACAUGCUCAGACUCCAUUUUUGUGAACUUGACCCCAAUAUUACUGACGUCGGUAACAGGGUGUUCUUUAUUUACAUAGCGACCCAAUUGGCUGAGGACCACGCUGAUGUUAUGAAAUGGAGCCAGAAUCAGAAAGGUCUCGCUGUACACAGAAACUACGCCGUUUUAAUUCCCAAAAAUGAUACUCAGAAAAAGGUUAAUCUCUCCCUCCAAAUGCACUCUUAUAAUGAUAGUAGGGAUUCAAUAUAUGGCGACGCUUUCUUGAACGGUGCGGAGAUAUUCAAAAUCAGCGAGGCCGGGUCUAACAACCUCGCCGGACCUAACCCGGACCCACUUCAGACUCCACAGAGCAGCAUACCCGGCCAAAGGGGAAACAGCAGCAGCGUAAGCGGAACGACGAUAAUUGGCAUCGUGGCGGGGGUGGUAUCCGGCGUCGUUUUGAUCUCCUUUGUGGUUUUCCUCGUAGUGUUUUUACGACGCAAGAGAGCCACUACAAGCAAGCCCAGUGAUUACCACAAGUCAAAGUCGUCAGGGACAUCCAAGUGGGGCCCACUUUCGUUCGCAACGACCAAGUCAACCGCCACACAAAAUUCUUCCCUACCGUCCGAUCUCUGCCGCCACUUCUCCCUCGCCGAGAUCAAAUCCGCCACCAACAACUUCGACGACGUCUUCAUCGUCGGCGUCGGGGGAUUCGGCCACGUCUACAAGGGCUACAUCGAUGGCGGUUCCACCCCGGUCGCUAUCAAGCGCCUCAAACCAGGUUCACAGCAAGGGGCGAACGAGUUCAUGAACGAGAUCGAGAUGCUCUCGCAGCUCCGCCACCAGCAUCUCGUGUCCCUCAUCGGAUUCUGCAACGAGAGCAACGAGAUGAUCCUCAUCUACGACUUCAUGGCGCGUGGCACCCUCCGCGAGCAUCUCUACAACACCGAUAACCCCCCUCUCGCGUGGAAGCAGCGCUUGAAGAUUUGCAUAGGCGCGGCGCGUGGACUGCAGUAUCUCCACACAGGCGCCAAGCACACGAUCAUCCACCGCGACGUCAAAACCACCAACAUCUUGUUGGAUGACAAUCUCUCACCGUUAACCAUGAGGUUCAACAGUAUCACUGUCACCUCCUUCGCACUCACCAUGACCAUUCUCUUCCUCUCCACACACCUUCAAGCAUACAAACCAGUGGACCGCUUCACCAUCAGCUGCGGGACCACCAUUGAAUCUUUCGACGAUGAAAGGACAUGGACUGGGGAUACAAAUUCAAAUCUCUUCUUAUCCCAUCAAGACGGCACCGUUUCAGCGAAUGCAACAACACAAUCCCCUUCCAGCAAUCAAGGCCCCUACACCACAGCACGCUUGUCCCGUUCCCAAUUCAAUUACUCCUUCCCCGUCUCUCCAGGCCCCAAAUUCCUUCGUCUCUUCUUUUACCCUGCUUCCUACCCUUACUUUCCCCGCACCGACGCAUCCUUCACCGUUCAUUCCAACCAAUUCACCCUCCUCAACGCUUUUAAUGCCUCCCUAAACGCCGAUGCAGAAAAGACAAAAACCGUCUUCAAAGAAUACAUCAUCAACGUGGACGGUGAUAGGCUCAACCUCAGCUUCACUCCGUCACAACCAAACUCCUACGCUUUCAUCAACGGAAUUGAAGUACUUUCCAUGCCGGGCGAUCUGUAUUACACGUCAGCAAAUGACACAGGCUUCAAGCUGGUGGGGAGUGACACGCCGUUCGGCGUUAGAACCAACACUGCGCUUCAGACAGAGUAUAGAAUCAAAGUCGGAGGGCAAGGAAUUUCGCCACGAAACGACACCGGUUUGUUCAGGAACUGGGCUGGUCAUGAUGAAGAUUAUCUAAUCAAAGGAAAAGCUCCAGAGAGUAAUGGUCAACCGGGUGAUUUGGAUAGCAAGAUGAACAUAACCGUGAAUCCUGAUUACGUAGCACCCAAAGAACUGUACAGAACCGCGCGUGACAUGGACACAAACGCCACUCGCAACAAAACACUCAAGUUGACAUGGGUGUUCCCCGUUGAUUCUGGUUUCACUUACAUGCUCAGGCUCCACUUUUGCGAUCCUUACCCGACUUCUAAUAAUACAAGUGACAGAAAGUUCUUCGUUUACAUAGGUAGUGAGUUGGCCGAGGACCAAGCUGGUGUCAUGGGAUGGAGCCAGAAACAGAACGGUCUCGCGGUGCAAAAGAAUUACGCUGUCUUGAUUCCCAAGAAUGACACUCAGAGAAAGGUUAAUCUCUUCCUCCAAAUGCAGCCCUAUGCGAGUAGUAGCAACGCAUUCUUGAACGGUGUGGAGAUAUUCAAAAUAAGCGAGGCCGGGUCUAACAACCUCGCCGGACCUAACCCGCAGAACGACAUGCCCCUCCAAGAGAGAAAGAGAAGCAGCAAAACAGUGAGGAUUGUGGUAGCAGGUGUAGUAUCUGGCGUCGUUUUAAUCUCUCUUGUGGUUUACUUCAUCUUCUUGUCCGGGAUUUCCAAGCGGUGUCCACUCUUGGUCUUUUGGCGGACCAAGUCAAAAAGCAAGUCAACAUUAACAAACAAGUUUUGGGCGCAUUCAUGGGAUUCGUCUGAUCUCCUCUGCCACCGCUUCUACCUCGUGGACAUCAAAGCCGCCACCAACAACUUCGACAAGGCGUCUAUCGUGGGCGUCGGGGGAUUCGGCGACGUGUACAAGGGCUGCUUCCACAACGGUGGCUACCCUGUUGUUGUGGCCAUAAAGCGCUUAAAAGCGAGUUCGAAACAGGGGACUGAAGAGUUCCUGAAUGAGAUCGAGAUGCUCUCGCAGCUCCGCCACCGCCAUCUGGUCUCUCUCAUAGGCUACUGCAACAAUAGCAAGGAGAAGAUCCUGGUCUACCGUUUCAUGACACGUGGCAACCUCCGGGACCAUCUCUACGGCACGAAGAAACCCCCUCUCCCGUGGAAGCAACGGUUGCAGAUUUGUAUCGAAGCCGCGCACGGACUGCACUAUCUGCACAGUUGCGCGGCGAAACACGCGAUCAUCCACAGCGACGUGAAGACGACGAACAUCCUGUUGGACGAGAACUGGGUGGCGAAGGUUUCGGACUUCGGGCUAUCGAGAAUUGGGCCCAUGGGGACGUCUGAGGCCCAUGUUAGCACGACGGCUGUAAAAGGGAGCUUUGGGUACUUAGACCCGGAGUAUUGUAACCGGCAGCAUUUGACGGUUAAGUCUGACGUGUACUCUUUUGGAGUAGUGCUGUUUGAAGUACUGUGCGCUCGUCCGCCUCUCAUCCACACCGCUGACCCCAAACAAGAGUCGCUUGCUAAAUGGGUCAAACACUGUUACCAAAGUGGGACCAUGAAGCACAUUGUGGACCCCACGCUUAAAGGGAGCAUCUCCUCCGAGUGCUUCGCCUUGUUUUGCAAUGUUGGGUUGAGUUGUUUAUCAGAGGUUGGCAAUCAGAGGCCGUCCAUGAACCAAGUCAUUGCCACGCUCCAGGCUGCGCUGCAACUGGAACUGCGCAAUGAAGCAUCGUCUUCCCACUAAUGUCCAAGAUGUAAAAUACUAGUAUAUAUAUAUAUAUAUACACUUUACAAUUUUUAAAUGAUAA